UAACGCUUUUGACAUGUAAUAUCCGAGGGUAUUCCAUCAAAAUCGCGAAACGUAAAUUGUUGCAAUGGUGCAUGAUUGAAAGGAGCAAACGCGUAAUUUUCACGAAAGGAAAUUUUUUAGUGACUGAUUAUUGUUGCGCUGAUAAAAUGCAUGCUAAGCGCGCUGUCACCGAUCCUUUGGACGCGUAGUUUGCUCUAACCUUUUAUAUUUUACACCUGAAUUGGAAAAUCCAAGUUUUUGUUUAUUCUAAAGUAAAGUCGCGGUGAAUUUGUUAUAUCACCUUCUACCGUUGAUUGACGCGAAAUCGAAAACAUGUCUGACAAAUUGGCCGAGUCGAUAGAGGACGAUAACUCCGUUACUAUGCUCGAUGUUCUCCAAGUAGAGAAUCAACUCGAGGAAGACGCAUAUGCAGUCUUGGGCGCCUCCGAUGAUCAGAAUUGUACUUAUAACAAGGGAUACAUAAGACAAGCAUUGUAUGCGUGUAAAACAUGUUGUUCAGACAAAAUUCGAGCCGCCGUUUGCCUGGCAUGUAGUUUUCAUUGUCAUGAAGGGCACGAACUUGUGGAAUUGUAUACAAAGCGACAUUUCAGAUGUGACUGUGGAAAUUCCAAGUUUGAUGGCAAACAAUGUAAUUUGGAGAAGCUGAAAUCUGCUGUCAAUAUUGAAAAUAAAUAUAAUCAAAAUUUUGAUGGAGUUUAUUGUACUUGCGCGAGACCAUAUCCUGAUCCUGAAGGCGAUGAAGAUGACAUGUUCCAAUGUACAAUAUGCGAAGAUUGGUACCAUUUAAAGCAUUUAGAAUGUGACAAUGGUAUACCUGCAGAUAAUGCAUACGAUGAAAUGAUUUGUGCGGGUUGUAUGAAACAACACAAUUUUCUGUGGAAUUAUGCAUCAAAAUAUGCAGUCUCGAGAAAAUCAGAUGUAAAAUCUGAUGUAUCUGAGAACAACGAAGAAAUAGAAGUAGAAAAAUUAUCAGAAGGAUGUCAAAUGCCAAAACAUAAUUGUGCUAAUACUAAAGGAAGCUGUUUUUGGGUAGAAGGCUGGAGAGCUGCAUUGUGCACUUGUGAAGAAUGCAAAUCGUUGUAUACUGCAAAAGGCAUUGCAUUUUUACUCGAUCUAAAAGAUAGUGUACAAGCGUAUGAGGAAGCAGGCAAGAUGAAUAAACAAGAAUCGCAAUAUGAGAAAGGUAUGAAAGCUCUUGCAAGCAUGGGACAUGUACAAAAGUUGACAGCAAUUGAAGAAUACAACAAUAUGAAAGAACGACUCAUGCAAUAUUUACAAAAAUUUGCGGAAAACAAAAAGGUUGUACGUGAAGAAGACAUUAAAGAAUUUUUUUCAGAAAUGGAAUCAAAGAAACGUCCCAAAGUGACAGUGCCAACAUAUUGUCGUUGAAAAAAUCAACUAGAAUUCAAAAUAAUAAAAAAUCGAAGGACGAAUCAUUUAUAGCACGAAAUUGAUGGAAACAUUAUCUGUGACGUAUCUACUUUCUGAUACGAAAAUUGUGAUGCGGAUGCUCAACAGCUAUUAUGUGAAAUAUGCGAUUAAACAAACGAAUUCUCGAAAUGUAUUCACGAGCGAAGGAAAUAAAAUCAAUCGCUCGUUACAGAUUCGAGAGAUUCCUCCCGUCUCAUACUUAUCGCGUGUAUUGGACUUACUUUAUUAGCUGGAUGCUCAAACGUGAGAUAUAUUGAAUCCCCUGGCUUGCGACGUACUUUAUUUAUUACGGCCGUGCAAAGUAUGAAGAAAACAAAAAGGAGAGACAGCGGGCGAAAAGACGAAAAGCUGAGAAAGAGAAAGGGGGACAAGGUGAAAAGAGAAAAAUGGGAGCACUGCGAAGCGUUCGCGAAGCUCGCGUUCGACAAAAGCUCGUUUUGACGGGGUGGUGGUCCCACGACUACUGAACCUUUUGAGACUGGUAUCCUGGUCGAUAAACCACCCUACGGCCACCCUACCGCCCACCAGGUUUGUGCUAAAAGUAUCGUCACCAUCGACGACCACCUGGUGCGUCGAAUGCACGCGUGCGCAUCCAUUUAUCCCUUUUUGAAAUGACGUCUUUGACGUUUUCAAAACAAACCAAUAUAAAGCUCGCCUCUCUCAUUGAAAGCGAAUCUGACGUAUAUUUACAAUUUGCAAUUUGCAAAUGAAUUUGAAAUGCAUUGGAUCUGAAAUGCGACUAAUUUCUUAAUUUUUCAAUUCUAUAAGUAUGCUACACAUAUGCACAUAUAAAUGUACACAAAAACAAGAGAAACCUUGCUGUAUAUAUUGAAUUAUAAACUCGGAUAGAUAGUUGAAUUUCAUUCUUAAUAAAUGAAAGUCACAUUAACAGGAUUCACAACGAAAUCUGCUUUUGUGUUUGCUGUUAGUGAAAACGUUUUAUUAAACUCUGAAAGUUAAAAUAGCGAUAGAGAUUGAUUUUUGCUUACAAUUUUGUUUAAUGUAGAAUCACAUAUAAGAUUAAUAUCGCCCACGCCUCUCCUCGCACAACGCAAUGACAGUGUCGUUUCCGUUCAUUCGUCCAUUAUAUCGCUGUUAUGCGCUUUUUCUCGAUUAAUUUGCGCCAAAUUAAAGCGCAAUAAGAAAGCGAGAUAAGAAACGAUCACUGUCGAUCGCUUGCGAAAAGCUCGCUUUCAUUAUGAGAUAGAUUUGGGCAAGAUAUCGUGACGAAACUUUCAUAAUAAUUGCCGUUUGCCCGUGCAAACGGAACGUGUAUAUACAUAUAUAGAGUUGCAGAUAUAGUUCUGCGCGCGUGUAACAAUAUAAUAUAAUUAUAUAUUAGAGGAAGAUAGAGUGUAUACAUAUAAUAUUGUAUAAUAAAUUUAUACAAAAUCUGAAAGAUCGUCUUUUGAAGAAAGCACUUUUUUUACUCCUCCGCGCAAAUUCACCUCUGUUUCUGUCUCUCUCUCUCUCUCUCUCUCUCUCUCAUUCGUGAUAAUUGGUCGUCAAUAUAAUGCGUGAAUAUAUAUAAGUGAAUAAGAGAGAUAGAAUAGUAUUAUGUAAAUUAUCGAGAAGAGGAACCACGUUCUCUCUAACUGCACUAUUCUCUCGCGCAUAUGAUGAGAUGAGAUAGAUACGUAGAUAGCUUGCGAUACGCAUAAAUAUACGCGUAUAAAAGAUAAAAUACAUUAUAUAUAUAUAUAUAUAUAUAUAUAUAUA